UCCCGACAGUGCGGCAUCGACGGAUGCAUCGGAUGCGAGAUGUUCACAGCAUCAGAGACACCAUCGAAGACAACGACGACGAAAGGCAAUCAGAAGAAGAGAAGGAACAAGAAGAAUAAGUACAGAGGAGUGAGGCAGAGGCCGUGGGGGAAAUGGGCGGCAGAGAUAAGGGAUCCGAGGAAGGCGGUGAGGAAGUGGUUGGGGACGUUUGAUACGGCUGAGGAGGCAGCGAGGGCGUAUGAUAAGGCGGCCGUUGAGUUCAGGGGAGCGAGGGCGAAGCUCAAUUUUCCCUUCCCUGAGCAAAAACAACAACAGCAAGAGAAUGAGGAAGGGGAUGCUGAUGGGUUGUGGGAGGGGCUUCAGGAUUUGAUCGAGUUGGAUGAUGGUUGGCUUCGGAGUAGUAGUAGUGCUUAUGGAGCUCCUACGGCUACUGUGUGACUUUUGACUGAGAUAUUUAGUUAUAAUGUUGUAAUUUAACAUAAAUUGUUUCAUUUUUUGUAGGGUAAAUGUUUGUACGGUCCAGGGAUGAAGUUUUAUAUAUUUCUGGAUUGUUGUUUUUAUUCAAUUAAUAAACUAGAAUUUGAACC